AAGCUUCAAUAUUGUAAAUGUGCAGAUGUCCUCUCAGAAUCAUCACGCGUGUACUUUUUUGUUUUAAUACAAAAGACUACCAACAAUUGUUUUACGAGAAGCAACAAUGGUACUCUAAUGGGGACCAUCCUUAAAUUAUAUCAUUCUAUUGGAUUAAAUUGUAAGACAGAAAUCCAUACCUCACAUAUGUUGAUGGGCGGAAUCCAUAUAUCUAAUAUCUAUCUUCAAAGAGCCAGUAGCUGAAGAAGAUAAGAGAUAUUACAUUGAGUGAGAGAAAUGGCAGAAGCCAUCCAUUUUACGUCAGCUGGAAAUAUAAACCAAGUUUUCAAAACAUGCCCAACCAAAUCCCCCAAGCUUCAGACAUCCAGAUUCUGCGCAGCUGCUUUCAAGAAAAAUGACUUCUCACUGAUCACGAAAAGGAGUUGCAAAAGGCCGCCUCCUUUGAUCACCAUAUCAACAUCGGAUGGAAGAUGGCAUACGAAUUGGAAUUGUGAGUAUUUUGUAUCUCUGCGGGAUUUGCAAUUGCAGGAUUUGGUUGAAGCUGAAGACAAGAAUGCAAAUGUUUCCAUCAACCUCACCAUCCAAAAGCAUGCCAGCUUUGGCUUAUCAGUAGAUGGAAGGAUCAUCUCUUCCUUCACUCGAAUAUGCAGUAACUGUUCUUCCCCAUAUUGCAGAGAGAUAGAUACAAGCUUUAACGUUUGGGUUUUACUAUCAAGUAGAGACAACAAUAAGCGCCAUAAUAAUAAUUUUGAGCUACCUGAAAUUGGUGGCGAUGAUCCUUCAGUUAUAUACGUUAAACCAGGAUAUAAAGCCGAACUAGAUUCACUGGUGCAGGAUACAAUCCGCCUUGCCACCUUAGUUAAGGAUACCUGCUCAGAGUCGUGUGAGAAAUCUGAACCUAAAAUUCAAUAUAUUGGUGCACAAAAUUCUGCUUCCGUUGAUAAGAGAUGGGGAAGACUUUUGGAGUUGAGGGAUGCAAAUCUUUAGGCUGAAUUUAACUAUUCAUGUCAAUCAUGUGCAUGUUUUAUGGAACCUGUUUCUGUUAUGGUCCCAGUAUAAUGUUACUAUAUCUUAUAAGUGUAAUAAUGAUUAAAAUAACGCCAUUUCAUCCCAUUCUAAAUUUAACAAAUUGAACACCUCCA